CCUUGCUUUAGCAACAUACGCGUAUAGCACUAUUGACACUGCACGGCGCACCCAUUUCAAGCGACCAGAUUUAGGGGUCCUGUGGUCUCAUCACUGCUCACAAUGUCCUACUUAUCUUACUCGGAAAGUAAGUUGAUGCCGGACGGGGCUUUUCGGAUAUCCUCAGGCGCCCGGAUUGGAUUAUUAGUAUUUAGGCAUCUGAGUUAUCUAAUUCAAAAGGCGCGCUGGGAGUAACUCAAGAAUAUAAAAGCCUCGUCAACCGACUACAGAACACCAAUUUCUCUGCUUAGAACGCAAACCAAGCAAGAUGGAUGCCAGCACAACCUUAGCGGUAGACCCUCAGACUGCCAACGUCAUUGUCGACCAUGUUCUUCGUUAUGCUCCCACCGGAAUCAAUGUCAAAAUCAUCGGAGCCGGUGUUGGUGGUCUCCUUAGUGCACUCGAAUGCUGGAGAAAGGGCCACGAUGUUGAAGUACUAGAAAGAGCACCUGCUCUGUCACACAUAGGUGACACCAUAACCCCUGGCCCUUCAGGCAUCGUAGUAUUUAAGCACUAUCCUACGAUGCUCGAAGAGUAUACCAAGCUUUCUGUCAAAGCUAAGCUCUAUGCUUAUAGCCUAGAGGGACAAGCCGUCGGACGUCCGCAAGAGUUUGAAUGGAACCAACAAGAUGUUGCGGAACACGUUGCCCACCCUAUCCACGUGCCUAUGGCCAUUAGUCGAUCUGACCUCGUGGAAAUUCUUUACGACCAGUGUCAGAGGCUGGGGAUUCCCGUUCGUUGGGGGGUCUCUAUCAAAGAUUACGAAGAAGACUCGCAUCUGCAAGCUGGUAUCGCCGUUUCUGGGGAUGAGCGCUUUAGCGCUGACGUUGUCGUUGCUGCAGACGGUCUUGGUUCCAAGUCCCAUAAGCUCAUCCUUGGUGAGAAUGUUCGUGCUGUGCCUACUGGAUAUACGAUUUACCGUGCUGCUCUUUGGACGAGAGAUUUGAAAAAUGCGCCUCUACUACAAGAAGCUGUACGUGAUGGACAAGCGGCUGUCACCCGAUUUUACCUGGGUCACAAUAUCCAUAUUGUCUUCGUCAUUUCAACCCGCUUUAUUGCAUUGAAUAUCACUCUACCUGAUGUUGACCAAGGUCCGAUUGUUGAAUCAUGGUCGUCUACCAUAACGAGGGAAGAAAUGAUGGCUCGUAUACCCAACAUUGAGUCGCUAGAUCCUUAUAUUGUGGAGGCCAUCCGUUGCUUCCCCCAAAACAGUAUUGUGGCAUGGCGACUGUGCAUGAGAGAUCCUCAACGAACAUGGACUUCCCAGGCUGGUCACGUUGUUCAAGUCGGCGACAGCGCCCAUAGUUAUGUCCCUACUUCUGGAAGUGGCGGCACCAUGGCAAUGGAAGAUGCAAUUACGUUGGCAGAAUGUCUAAGACUGGCAGGUCGCGACCACGUAGGAAUCGCAACAAAGACCUACCAAUUACUUCGGCAACCACGCACGCAACUUACUCAGCUCAUGGGCCUUAGAAAUCGAGCGGUAUGGCACACUGCCUCGGCCUUGCAAGCAAUGGAAUUGCGAAAAUUAACAGUCUUUGGGAAAUGGGUGUGGAUUCACGAUGCCGAGAAGUACGCCAAACUCAAUUUCCACAAAGCUCGUGCUCACUUGGAAACUGGUGCCGAAUUCCAGAAUACAAACCUUCCUCCUGGUUAUAGGUAUGAACCCUGGACAAUUCAGAAAGAGGUAGAAAGGGAAAAGAAUGGUGUCAAGUCUGAUUUAACAUCCAAUGGCGAUUGGAGCCUUGUUUAGACUUGAAUGUAGUUGCGCUCUGCGGAGGUAUCCUUUUCAGUGCAAGGAUCCCCUAGCCCUAAGGCUGCCGACCACUAUAUAACAGCUCCGUCCGUCUUGUCAUCCGUCAUUUUAGUUAGUUAUUUUCAGUCUUGUUGUCAAUCGACUCAUUCGUCGCCA